AUGUGGGCACCAUUCUUCGAGCUGCCCAAAGAUAUUGGCUGUGAAUGCACUGGAUCCAAUGCUCCUGCACCAGCAGAUGAGGAGGCACCCGUGCGGGCCAACGAUGUGCCUGCUCCGCCCACAAGCGACGCCAAGGUGCAAGGCUCCAGCUCCAGUUCCAGCGCAGUGACUGGUGCAGUGACUGGUGCCGGAAGCAAGCCACUGAGGCCUGGAGCUGUUGGAAUUGGCAGCCAUGCACCAGAGCUUCAAGUACAAGGCUUGCGAAUACGCGGAGGCUCCGGCCGCUGCCUAGCAUCCGUGCCGUUGGUGCAGGACCGGGCUUACUGGGAAAUCCAUGUGGUGGAGGUAGGUCAGCAAAUCGGGACACUGCUGUUGGCUGGCGUGGCAGCACAAGGACCGGAUGACCACCUGCAACAGCGGUUGGGCGCCACUGCCAGGAGCUUUGGAGUUCAGUUUGGAACCAGUGAACCAUUGAAAGUGGGAGACGUCAUCGGCAUUGCCUGCAACCAAGCGACUUUUCCAGUGUCUGUCACUGCUUGGCACAACGGUGCACCGGUGCCAGCUCCGAUGCCCAGAGGGCUGAAAGGUGAGUUGUGGCCUGCAUUGUUUGUCUCCGAUUGUGUCGUGGACUGGGCCCUUGCUGAGUCCCAUUGGAAGGAAAACACCAGCCGACCACAGGGAUUCGAAGCUCCAAUGCCCAGUCGUGGACUCAUUGGUGGCGACUGA